AUGGACGGAGCUCCUAGAGGUCGUGGCGCGAGAGGGCGCGGUGCUAGAGGUCGUGGCGGCAGAGUUGGCCGUGGCGGCAGAGCUGGUGGUAGAGCUGGAGGUCGAGCAGGCCGAGGUCGUGGUCGUGGACUUCCGGAGGAGUCGGGAGAGAGUGCGGCACCGAGUGUGCAUACUGCGUCGGUGACCCAGUCAGUUCCGUUGGCGGGUGAUGCCAGUGCGAGUGUUGGUUUGGGAGCGGGGGCUGCUCCGGGUGGGGGUGGCGCUCCGGCUCCGGGUCGUGAUGACUUAGUGGUGGGGUUGCUGACGCAGCUGUUGGCUCGUUUUCCGCCGGUGGUUCCACAGGGGGCUCCAGGAGUACCGCCAGUGGCAGAGGUGCAGCAUGUUGCUGCAGCGUUGCGCAGCCGGAGGCUGUGGAUGCGGGAGUACUGGGUGGAGUUAGCGGUCCACUAUUUGAGUGGCGAUGCUCAUUUGUGGUGGCAGGCCGCGGUGGGCCGGAGGGCAUUUUGGACUUGGGGCGACUUCCUUGUGGAGUUCAACGCCAAGUAUUUCCCGAGGCAGGCUCGUGAUCGUCUUCAGAUGCGGUUUAUGGGCAUUGAGCAGGGUUCGCGUUCUGUACGCGAGUAUGAUGAGGAGUUCAGCCGUCUGUUAGUGCAUGCGGCUUUGGUAUGGAGGUCUGAGCAUCAGUUGACGAACAGAUUUCUGGAGGGACUUCGCAAGGAUAUUCGGACUCUAUGCAGGAGUAGUAUGCACACUUCGAGGGCGAGUCUGGUAGAGUUGGCCGCGUCGGUUGAGGCGGAUCUUGGUGGGCCAGUUGGUCCGGUGGCUGUGCCGUCAGCAGUUGCUUCUGCUACCCAGCCUCGGGGUCAGCAUCAGCAGCCGCGACAGCAGCAGCAGCAGCAGCGCAGAGGUGGUUCGAGUUUCAGUUCUGGUUCUGGCAGGGGCGGUUUGCCUGCGCAGGGUCAGAAGAGGAGUAGAGAGGAGUUUUCUGGUGCUAGUCAGUUUCCUCGUGGUUCCGUUUUGGGUGUGGGAGUACGGAGCAUCGUGUUUCGAGUUGUCCCAAGAGAGACCAGUAGCGGCUCAGCCAGUGAGUCAGAUCGCAGCAGUGCAGCCGUUGGGUCAGAUUGCACCGGCGCGCGGGGUUACUCUUCAGUGGAGACUGGCGGGACUAGUCAGACCGGGCAGAUCACAGGGACCUUGUUAGUGGGCGGUUUUGAGUCCCACGUUUUAUUCGACUCUGGAGCAUCGAAUUGCUUCAUUACACCGGAGCGUGCCGAGAAGAGUGGCAUCCGGAGUAGCGCGGGCGAGAGCGCGGGCAUGGUCAAGGUGGCGGGAGGUGGAUUCUUGUCUACUUUGGGCCGUGCUAGAGGAGUCGAGAUCGAGAUUGCGGGGCAGUCAAUGCCAGCAGACUUAGUCAUCAGUCCGGUGGAGCUGUAUGACGUUAUUCUCGGGAUGGACUGGUUGUCACACUACAGAGUUCAUCUGGAUUGCUACAGAGGUAGAGUGGUCUUCGAGCGAGAUGCAGGGAGGUUGGUUUAUCAGGGAGUGAGACCGACUUCCGGGAGUAUUGUGAUAUCUGCUAUUCAGGCCGAGCAGUUGUUAGAGCGGGGCUGUGAGGCGUAUCUGGCGACGAUUUCUAUGUCUGAGUCAGGAGCUGGAGUUGUUAUGGGAGAUAUUGAGGUUGUCCAGGAUUUUGAGGAUGUCUUUCAGUCACUGAAGGGAUUACCACCAUCUCGGUCUGAUCCUUUCACGAUUGAGUUAGAGCCGGGGACAGCACCGAUAUCGAAGACGCCUUACAGGAUGGCGCCAGCUGAGUUGGCAGAGCUGAAGAAGCAGAUAGAGGACCUUUUGUCUAAGGGGUUCAUUCGACCAAGUGUUUCACCGUGGGGAGCACCGGUGUUGUUUGUGAAGAAGAAGGAUGGAGUUUCAGACUUUGUAUCGAUUACAGAGAUUGACUUGGCAUCGGGGUAUCAUCAGAUCCCGAUAGAUGAGGCAGAUGUCAGGAAGACUGCUUUCAGGACGCGUUAUGGGCAUUUUGAGUUUGUGGUUAUGCCUUUCGGUUUGACUAACGCGCCGGCAGCCUUCAUGAGAUUGAUGAACGACGUGUUCAGGGAGUAUUUGGAUGUGUUCGUCAUCAUUUUCAUUGAUGAUAUUCUGGUAUACUCGAGGAGUCAGGAGGAGCAUGCGACUCACUUGAGGUUGGUUCUGGAGAAGCUUCGGGAGCAGAAGCUUUUUGCUAAGUUGAGCAAGUGCAGUUUCUGGCAGCGAGAGAUGGGAUUUCUUGGCCACAUUGUUUCUGCAGAGGGAGUUUCUGUGGAUCCGGCUAAGAUUGAGGCUAUCAGAGAUUGGCCUAGACCUAGUAGUGCCACCGAGAUCAGGAGUUUUCUGGGUUUGGCAGGAUACUACAGGAGGUUCGUCAAGGGGUUUGCUACCAUGGCGCAGCCGAUGACGAAGUUGACCGGGAAGGAUGUCCCUUUUGUUUGGUCAGCUGAGUGUGAGGAGAGCUUUAGUCAGCUCAAGGAGAUGUUGACUACUACACCAGUGUUGGCGUUACCCGAGCCAGGGAAGCCUUACAUGGUGUAUACAGAUGCUUCAGGCAUUGGUCUUGGUUGUGUGCUGAUGCAGGAGGGCAGAGUGAUAGCAUAUGCUUCGAGACAGUGGCAGGGCAGUGAGCGUAACCGUCCUACACAUGACUUAGAGUUGGGAGCAGUGAUCUUCGCGUUGAAGAUUUGGAGGUCUUACUUGCUAGGUGAGACAGUACAGGUCUUCACGGAUCACAAGAGUUUGCAGCAUAUCUUCACUCAGCCGAUGAUGAACGCGAGACAGACGCGCUGGAUUGAGUUCUUGGCGGAUUAUCAGGUGAGCAUUAACUACCAUCCGGGCAAGGCUAACCUAGUGGCGGACGCGUUGAGUAGACGGAGGUAUGAUUCCGCAGUUGAGCGAGAUGUGGAGUCUCUAGUUGGCGAGAUCAGUACCUUGCGUUUGUGUGCCAUUUCGCAGGAGCCUUUGGGUUUAGAGGCAGUGGAUCAGGCGGAUCUACUUAGCAGGAUCAGAGUUGCUCAGCAGAGUGAUCAGAGUUUGCUAGAUGCGACGAGAGUGACUGGUUCUGAGUAUGAGGUCUCUGCGAAUGGGACUAUCUUGGUUCGUGGGCGAGUUUGUGUGCCUAAGGAUGUGGAGUUGAGACAUCAGAUUUUGGGAGAGGCUCACGCGAGCAAGUUUUCCAUUCAUCCGGGAGCGACCAAGAUGUACCAUGACCUCAAGAGAGCAUCAGGUUCCGGGUGGUCUUUUGCAGAGUUUACCCAUUCCGAGUGGAAGUGGGAUAGGAUUACGAUGGAUUUCGUGGUUGGACUACCUGUUUCGAGGACUUUCGAUGCUAUCUGGGUGAUUGUGGAUCGGUUGACUAAGUCUGCACAUUUCUUGGCCAUCAAGAAGACAGAUGGAGCUGCUGUCUUGGCUAGGAAGUUUGUGCGAGAGAUUGUGAGGCUGCAUGGAGUGCCAGCUAGUAUUGUGUCAGACCGUGAUCCCAGAUUCACUUCAGAGUUUUGGAGGGCGUUUCAGGCAGAGAUGGGCACUAAGGUGCAUCUGAGUACAGCUUAUCAUCCGCAGACAGAUGGUCAGUCAGAGAGGACUAUUCAGACUUUGGAGGAUUUGCUGAGGAUGUGUGUGUUGGAUUGGGGUGGCCAUUGGGCAGAUCACCUGAGCUUAGUUGAGUUUGCAUACAACAACAGCUUUCAGGCGAGUAUUGGCAUGGCUCCAUUGAGGCUUUGUAUGGGAGGCCAUGUAGGACACCCCUAUGCUGGACCCAAGUGGGGGAGCGCAGCAUGUAUGGAGCUACUUAUGUUCAGGAGACGACAGAGAAGGUUCGUGUUGUGA